AUGGAGGUGGAUGUAGCUGAAUUCGUAUCAUAUUCCGCUUACAUUUUGACUUUGCUGUUUAAUUCAAUUUUGAUUUAUCUAACGGCGGUCCAUACAAAACGGAUUUCAACCACUUAUCGACAUAUGAUCAUGGGUUUUGCUGCUCUUGGUAUCGGAUUCUCUACAUUGGACAUUGUAGUGAGACCGAUAAUGCACUCAUAUAACGGAUGUUUUCUAUAUUUUAGUCUCCAAGGAUUAUUUCGGUCUUCGAAAGAGAUAACCGAAGUUCUUCUAGACAUGGGAAUCAUGACACUACAGUAUGCAAUAAUGAUGAUUUGUGGGGUAGUCUUAUAUCAAAAAAUCACUGCGGAAUUCAAAAAGGCAACAACUAUAACUGCAAACAGUCAGAUUCAGAAGCAAUUUUUCAAAGCAUUGGUUUAUCAGCUCACAGCCCCAUCUCUUCUGGUCCAUCUUCCUGCUGUUCCCCUCUUUUUUGCUCCAUUUUUUGACAUGAAAUUCAGUUUCCGAACUCGUGUGGUUGUCUAUUUUUUCAGUAUUUAUCCACUUCUCGACAGUUUGAUAUUAUUCUGUGUUGUGUCUGAUUACAAACUAGCAACAAAAAAGAUCAUUUUCAACAAUGCCGUAAAAGUUCUAGCUAUGCUAAAUGUGGCUUCAGUUGGCCCUGAUACAGCAACAUCUCCAGCCAAUAACAGAGAAAGUAUUCUAUGA